AUGACCAAUGAAGAAUCUCCCCUUUUGAAAUAUCGAGGCCCCAAAAUCAAGUUGGCGGCAUCCGACGAUAUCUAUGAUAAUCCCGAUGAAGGUCGAAUUCCGUUGGACGAUGGAACCAUUCCCGGCCAAGAAGAUGCUCUUCCAGUGGUGGUUGCUAGCCAAGAGAGUAAUAAGGAAAGUGGCCACAAAUGGAGUUUUUCUCGUUUUUUUCGCGUCAUGGGUCCUGGUCUGAUGGUGUGUUUGGCCGACACGGACGGUCCUUGUCUGCUCACGGCCGCGCAGAGUGGAUCGCAGUAUCGCUAUUCGUUGGUGUUGCUACAGCUGGUGCUGAUUCCCAUUUUGUACGCCGCCCAAGAAUUGACGGCGCGAUUGGCGGUUUGUACCAAGCAGGGCACCACCGCGUUGAUCAGACAACACUACGGACACUUUUGGGCGUGGUUUGCCGUGACGUUACACGUGGCCAUGUGUUGGUUUGGACAAGCCUCGGAAUUUGGCGCCAUUGGACAACUCUACUACGAAGCUUUUGGCAUUGAUACGCGUGUCACCAAUACCAUUCAAUUUGGAUUCUUGGCAGGAGUCAUUUUCAUGGGACGAUUGGGAUUUCGAUUGACCGAAAUUGUGGGUAUUAUCGUGGGAUCACUCCAAUUGGUCUUUGUGGCGCUCAUGUUCCAAUCCAUGGCAUCUCCCAGGGAAGUCUUCAAGGGAUUGGGAGAAGUCCAUUUUGGACAAGUCAAUUACGAAAUUCUAUUGGCGGGAAAUACAGGAGCCGUCAUCAUGCCAUGGAUGCUGUACUAUCAACAGUCGGCCGUUUGUGAACGCAAAAUUCAACGCAAAGAUUUGCAAUACGAACGAGCCGAUACCAUUUUGGGAGCUUUUCUCGCACAGAGUGUCGCUGCGUCCAUGGUCGUUGCCAUGGGAUCGCUGCGUUAUUAUGGCACACGCGAUGAACGAAACAGUCUGAACUUUGGUGAUAUUAUUCGAGGAUAUGCUCAAGCUCUUUCGGGGACCACCUGGGAUUCCAUACAACCCGGUGCCACGUCCAUUUUGGAGAUACAACCCUCUCCGGAUCCCAUGUUGUCGCCGGAACAACAAGCAUCCAUUCUGGCCGAUUAUCAGACACAAAUUGAUUCCUGGUACACUCCGGAAUCCUACCAAAUUGCCAAAUGGGUCACCGUAUUGGGUGUCACGGGAGCCUGUACUGUCGCCAGUAUGGUACUCACCAUUACGUCGGUUUGGAGUGUUGUCGAAAUUCUAGAUUGGGAUCGAGAUCUAUUCCGACCCUUUGCGGAACGACCAUGGCAGUAUCUACUCCAAUUUGGAGGACUCCUCAUUGCCUAUGCUAUUUCCAUGCUCACCGAUAUUAGUGGACCGUGGUUUGCAGUCCUCACACAAACCAUCAAUGGACUCUUGAUUCUUCCAGUUGCAUUAUUCUUGUGGUUGCUGACAUCUUCGCCAAGGGUGUUGCCAAGAGAGUAUAGGUUGCAAGGAUGGUACAAAUGGUUGUUGGCCGUCGUAUUCUCCAUUGUAUCCGCCUAUUGUGUCUACGGCAUGAUUCAGGAAGUUACGGCGCCACUCUUGCGCUACAAAAAAGAAAACCAGUAA